AUGACUAACGGUACUCUGCCAUAUGGUUGGUGGUGGGACGGCUGCAUCUAUGAUUACUACAUCAACUGCGGCAACUACGUGCCAAUUUGCCUCAACGCCGCUGUGAUCACGGCAUACAACGCGAGCGCGGGAGGCUGCAUCAAAAAAGGCUGCCCGCCUACGAUGCACCCGUGCAAAGGAGAAAACGGAACGGAAUGCCUCUCCUACGACGACCUGAAGUCGGUCCGUUACAAGAAAGGAGGAGACAUAUGUGUCCUUGCCACAGCCGAGGAGAAGGCUGCUGCGAGGCCCACCCCUCCGCCGGCUGCCCAGGAAAAAACCGAACCGGAAGUAUCGUCCUCAUCCCGGUUCCGGCAUCUCGUGAACUCCGUCUUCAUCCUCCUCAUCACGAAGCCGUCGGCCGAUUUU